AUGUCUGCUCCUUCAUUCGCCAACUACAUCGUCAAGCGCCCUCUGCUUAAGCGCUGGAUGACCCCCAUUGCCAACUGGUACACCGAUGCCGCUGGUUACCGUCGUCUCGGACUGAAGUUCGACGACCUCAUCCCCGAGGAGAGCGAGGUUGUCCAGAAGGCCAUCAAGCGUCUCCCUCCCAAGGAGGCCUACGACCGUGUUUUCCGUAUCCGCCGCGCAUUCCAGUGCUCCAUCUCUCACACUCUCCUUCCCCCGAACGAGCAGAUCAAGCCUUCCGAGGACGUUGAGUACCUGAGCCCGAUCAUCCGUGAGAUCGAGAAGGAGAACAAGGAGCGUGAGGACCUCGACAACCUCGUCGUCCGCAAGUAA